UACAGACUCAUUUAAGGGAAGGUUGUUUUGGUAUAAACACCUAAACCUACGCAGUGACAAUCAAGAGUGUGGUGACAACUGAAGCUGUCAACUUGAUAACAUCUGUGUUGUGUUAAACAGAGGAUCCGGUUGCAAGCCAUGGCUGUGUUCCGUUCAAUCGUCGUCUUCGUGACUCUCUGGACAAGUGUAACAUGUUGUCCGAAACAAUCCGACGUGCCUGAGGAUACCUGCUGCCAGAAGUGGAGUUCUGGCUCAAGGAUGGAGCCCGCCCUCUAUAGCACCAUGGGGACAGGUCCAUCGAGCCAUGCGUCGUCCGUGGUGUGUUUCUACUACACAAAUUCAGCUUGUGUGGUGUGCACGACCGGUAAUAAUGAGGUGAGAUCAUGCUGCACUGAUUCUGCUCCCAAGAACGGGGACAUACCAGAAAAUGAGUAUCUGAUCCUGUACAACGCCAACAAAGGUGUCUACGAUCUUGCCCCGUUAUCGGCUAACGGCAACAGUUACUUAAAACCUGAUCAACCAGACGCCAACGGACAAUCUGGGUGGACCAUCUCUAGGUGGGAUUCCAGCUACAUAAAGGGUGUCGCUGCGGAUAACUCUCAGUGCUGGGUAAACUUGAAGGCUUUGAUCGAAAAGGGAAUUAUGCAGUACCACACUUUGCAACCAGAAGGGUUUCUUUACGUUGUAGAUGAAUAGGUAACUACGAGUCUGAAAAGGUCACCGCACCAGUCAACAUUGUCGUUGAAUCUUCCCCAGUUUUAUCAACAGUUUUUUGCGUUAUUUUGAUAUGAGCAACCAUAUACCAUAGUCUUUCUGUGAGGCUUUUAGACAACACGGCAAACAAGUAACUAAAGCCCUUUCACACUACAGAGCCAUUUCCCGGGUAAUUUUUAACCCCACCACCACCACAGAAACCGUUAUCACUGUCCCAAUUUGGUAACUCCCGGGAGUACAAUUUCCCAUGAAUGUACAUGGUUGCUCGCGGGAAUAAAAAACGUUUUACCCCGAGUUAACUGCCCUAAACUCUACCCCUGAGCAAGGUUAAUUAUUUCCUGGCAAAAAGUUGUGUUUGUAGUGUGAAAAGAUCGACCAAAAGUCCGGGAAAUUACUAUAGUUUGAACAGGGCUCACGUGUAAUUUUCCACUUCAAAAUCCAACUCGACAAAAUGGGGGAAACGGGGUAUGACACGAGCUUGAGCUGAGACUCUUUACCCCAUGGCCAGCUUGCAGGCAACAGCUAGUUGGUUUGUUCGCUCGUCCCCAGCGCCUUGCUUUAAACCAAAGACGCUGGGAUGGUGGGCAAACGUAUCAUGCACUGUCAAUGGUUUCAACAUGCGCAGUCCCAUCAUGCAUCAUACUCACACUGCACCAUA